AGUAAAAAGUGAGGAAAGGGCAGGCCCCUGAUACAAAAUCCCAAUACCUAGUACGUAUCCCAGUUCUGGAAUAAUCUUACCCAGUGGCACAAUUCAUCCGAAGAGGCGUGGGAAAUGCAAUGGAAUUGGAUGAUUGGGAGUUGAGCACCGACGAGCUCGAUUCCCUCGAGCGGGACGCUCUCAAACAGAUUGCUCAGCGCAAUUCUUCUUCUUCUGCUGCUGCUGCUGCUACCAGUACUUCCUCGUCAAUUCCUUCUCACAGUCGACAACAACUACAGCAGCAGCAACAACACCACUCUGCUCAUUUUAACCCGCAGUGCCAAUACUCUCACUCCGUUCUCAUUGCCGAGUCUCGUCCUAAAAACAAGGUAGAUGCUUCACCUUCUGCAUCUAGAAUAUUAACUGCAUCAACAGAACCAAAAGCAACCAUGCUCUCUGUUAAGUUUUUUCUACAUGCUACUGGAAAUAUCGCUGCAAAGUUUCUAUAUGACCAGGAGCCUUCCGCAAGAUCUCCAAAGCUAGCUGGAAUGCAAAAGAGAGGUCUGCUCUGUCUGUGUGUGCGCUCAUGGAAGAGAUCAACGUUGUGGAUGCUCCCCAUUUCAUCUUUGUCAUCAGCAGAAAAAGUAUUAACUGAACUAUCUGGUUUUAAAGUUGAGGUAGAGAGUUUAGAUCCCUUGGCGCGGCAUGCUAUCAUUGCUGCCUCUGCUGUUCCAGAUCUUCGGGAUCGAUAUGACAUGAUUCCGGGAAAUGUUGAAUCAAAACUUUUGCCAUUUCAGCGCGAUGGUGUUAGGUUUGUGUUGCAGCAUGGAGGGCGUGUCCUCCUUGCAGAUGAAAUGGGGUUGGGAAAGACUCUUCAGGCUAUCGCUGUGACCACUUGCAUUCGUGAUGCCUGGCCGGUUCUUGUUCUUACCCCAUCCUCAUUGAGGCUGCAUUGGGCUUCUAUGAUUCAACAGUGGCUGAAUAUCCCUUCCUCAGAUAUACUAGUGGUUUUGUCUCAAUGUGGUGGGUCAAACAGGGCUGGAUUCACAAUAGUACACUCAAAUACCAAGGGUUCUAUUCAUCUUGAUGGCAUGUUCAAUAUUUUAUCUUACGAUGUUGUUCCCAAGUUGCAAAACAUUCUAAUGGCAUCGGAAUUUAAGGUUGUGAUUGCAGAUGAAUCACAUUUCUUGAAGAAUGGCCAAGCAAAGCGAACAAGUGCUUCGCUUCCAAUAUUACAGAAAGCUCAAUAUGCAAUAUUGCUUAGUGGAACUCCUGCUUUAUCGCGACCGAUUGAGCUGUUUAAACAGCUGGAAGCUUUGUACCCCAACGUAUAUAAGAAUGUCCAUGAAUUCGGUAACCGAUAUUGCAAAGGUGGUAUAUUUGGAGUGUAUCAAGGUGCCAGUAAUCAUGAGGAGCUUCACAACUUGAUGAAAGCAACUCUGAUGAUCCGCAGACUCAAGAGGGAUGUUCUUUCUGAGCUUCCUGUGAAGCGCAGGCAACAGGUCUUCUUGGAUUUGGCAGAGAAGGACAUGAGACAAAUCAAUGCUUUAUUUCGCGAGUUAGAGGUUGUGAAAAACAAAAUUAGGGCCAGCCAAUCAAAGGAGGAAGCAGAAUCCCUCAAAUUUUCGGAGAAACAUCUCAUUAACAAGAUCUAUACUGAUUCUGCGCAAGCCAAGAUCCCGGCGGUUCUGGAUUACCUGGGAACGAUCAUUGAGGCAGGUUGCAAGUUUCUAAUAUUUGCACACCAUCAACCCAUGAUUGAUUCGAUAUACCAAUUUCUUCAGAAGAAAAAAGUUGGUUGCAUUCGAAUAGAUGGCAGCACUGCAGCAGCAUCUAGGCAAGCUUUGGUGACAGAUUUUCAGGAAAAAGAUUCUAUAAAGGCAGCAGUGCUUUCUAUCAAAGCUGGAGGUGUCGGUAUAACCCUUACAGCUGCAAGCACAGUCAUUUUUGCAGAGUUAUCGUGGACUCCCGGCGAUAUUAUCCAAGCAGAAGAUCGGGCUCAUAGGAUUGGUCAGGUGUCCUCGGUCAAUGUAUAUUACCUGCUAGCAAAUGACACUGUUGAUGACAUAAUCUGGGAUGUUGUUCAGAGCAAGUUGGAAAAUUUGGGACAGAUGCUUGAUGGCCAUGAGCGCACACUGGAAGUCUCAAGUAGCCAGCCAAAAAGCAGUCCUGCAAAACAGAGAGCACUCGACUCUUUUGGUAGCCAGCCAGAAAGCAGUCCUGCAAAACAGAGAACACUCAACUCUUUUGUGAAGCGUUGUAGCAAUAUGAAUGGCUUUGAGCAUCAGCCCCAACUAAAAUACCCCCGGCAUGGAGAUUGACUCCACAAAUUGUACAGUUGGUGUAUAUAUGCACACAUAACUAUGAGUUGUUAAUUGAAAUGAGGACAUUUAUAGCUUGAAUGGGCUCUGGGCAAAAUGAAGCAUGUACGGUGUGCCAUGUAGGGUCAUGUACUGAUGUGUACCAUAUAGGGUCACCUCAACUUUGAAUGGAUUUGUAACAUUACCCA